AUGGGUAGCGUUGCAUUAGACCUAGAAACCGACCCCUCACAUCGGCUGUAUGGCAAGUCACCGUGGUGGAAAGAUGCCGUCUUUUACCAAGUCUACCCAGCCAGCUUUGUCGACAGCGAUCGGGAUGGGUGGGGUGAUAUUCCGGGCUUGAUCACGAAGCUCGAUUACCUCGCUGAACUUGGCGUGGACUGCAUCUGGCUAUCUCCCGUCUUCGAUAGCCCUCAAGCCGACAUGGGAUACGACGUCUCGGACUAUCAGAGCAUAUACGCGCCUUAUGGAACCGUUGCUGACGUUGACGCACUGCUUGCGGGCUGUCAUGCCCGGGGGAUGAAGCUAAUUCUGGACUUGGUGGUCAAUCACACGAGCGUCGAGCAUUCAUGGUUCAAGGAGAGCCGGAGCAGCAGGGCGAGCCCAAAGCGUCACUGGUACAUAUGGAAGCCGGCACGAUAUGAUCCCAUCACCGGUGAAAGGCUCCCUCCGACUAACUGGCGGGGCUACUUUGCCGGCCCAACUUGGACAUGGGACGAACAGACGCAAGAGUAUUACCUUCACCUGUAUGCUCCCGAGCAGCCUGAUCUGAACUGGGACAAUAAAGAUUGCCGACGAGCUGUCUACAGAGAGACCAUGAACUUCUGGCUCGACCGUGGGGUUGAUGGCUUUCGCAUAGACACAGUCAACAAAUAUUCCAAGAGGGAGUACGUCGAUGUCCCAGUGACGGAUCCCAGCAGCUAUACGCAGCCGGCUCCGGACAUGUGGUGCAACGGCCCUUUAAUCCAUGAGUACAUCCGAGAGAUGGCAGCCGAAACACUCCACCGAUAUCCCAGUGCCGUUAGCGUCGGGGAGCUGAGUAACAUGACCAAAGGCCCCUCGCAGGUCCUUGAAUACGUGUCCGCGUCGCGUAGGGAGCUGGACAUGAUUUUUGAGUUCUCCGCUAUCAGGUUAGGAACCGGAGACGGCUUUGGUGCUAAGUAUAUACACACUCCGUUCCCAUUGUCACGCCUCAAGCGCAUCACAGAAACCUGGCAGACCUUUAUCGAGGGCACAGACGGCUGGACUACGGCCUUUGUCGAGAACCACGACAACGGCCGGGCCGUGUCCAGGUUUGGAGACGACCGCUCGCCCGAGGCUUGGCGGGCCAGCGCGAGAUGUAUUGCACUGUGGCAGGCUACGCUGACGGGAACCUUGUUCUUGUACCAAGGGCAGGAGAUUGGGAUGACCAACAUGCCCGAGAAUUGGGGCAUUGAGGAGUACAAGGAUGUUGAGAGCCAGGGCUUUUAUAAGGAGGCGGCUGGAAGUGGUGAUAUGAACAGGAUAAACAAGACGAUGCAUGGCCUGAGGAUUCUUGCGAGAGACCACAGUCGACUACCAAUGCGAUGGGAUGGUGGUGCACCCAAUGCUGGAUUUGGGCAGUCUAGAGAUGACUGCAAGCCGUGGAUGCGAGUUGUCCAAGACGCAGAAUGUCGUGGCGGUGGUGCUGAGGUUAGCGUGGCCGCGCAGACUGGCAGAAAGGAGAGCGUUUUGGAGUUCUACCGACUUGUAUUGGUGCUGAGGAAGAGACAUCGGGAGCUGAUGGUACAUGGUACCUUCAGACUGCUGGAUCCGGACAAUGAGUACAUCUUUGCGUAUAUCAAGCAGGAGGGUCAAGGGACCUACGCCAGGAGACAUGACUGGAAAGCCAAAAAGUGCCUUGUCGUACUAAAUUUCUCAGGUGAAGAACAAAAAUGCGUCGAUGUUGCCGCAGCGAUGGGCUGUGGACUGGCCGAGGUACAAUUACUGGUUGAUACUAUUGUGGGGGAACCUGAGGACGGACGGGUCACGGUGAUACCAACACUUAGAGGGUGGGAAGGGAGAGUAUAUGUUAACUUUUAG